AGGGCCAAGGCAGGCGGCCAGAGGAGGCCAGGGGAGUUCCGGUGCCAGGCAAGAAGGUGGGGAUUUAAGUUCUGGGUGGGGCGCGGGUCCCACAACUGCUCGGAAUUUGCCUCCUGGCUCCGCUCUGGAAGCUAAGAAGGGGCACAAGAAGUGGAGAGAGGGAACCUGAGAGCAGGGAAGCCAGUAGCCGGCGGGAGGAGCGCGCUGUCGCUCGGAUCGGAAGGAGCCGGUGCAGCCCGGACCCGCGUGCGGCAGGGUCAGCGAGGCCCCUGCGGUGCUUCGCCUGCGCCUUCUCCUCCGCAGUCACCGGCCCUCUGGGCCUCCCACAGGAAUCAAAGAUCAGCUCCCACUGAGGACAAAUGGACCUGUAAUUCCGGGUGUGACGAGAGAACGGGAUUUACCUUCCUGAAUUAAAAAGCAGGUCAUUAAACUUUGGCCCUGACUUUUCUUUGUGAGAAGGUACAGAGAUGGAAACCUUACAAUCCGAGACUAAAAAGAGGGUCCUUCCCUCAUGGCUGACAGCCCAGGUGGCUACCAAGAAUGUGGCACCAGCGAAGGCCCCCAAGAGGAUGAGAAUGGCAGCAGUGCCGGUGGCAACAGCAAGGUGCGACAACCCUGGUCAGAUGACUCCUGCGAAUCUGGCGAGUGGAGCAGGGACCUCCACGACCUGGGCCAGGUCUUCCAGCGUAGGCAGAACAGCAAGAUGGACUCCCUGCGACGAGGACUGUGUACUGCAUGAAUGAGGCCGAGAUAGUCGAUGUUGCUCUGGGAAUCCUAAUUGAGAGCCGCAAAAAGGAAAAGGCCUGCGAGCAGCCGGCCCUGGUGGGUGCUGAUAACCCAGAGCUCUCCGCUCCCUGCUCUGUGUCGCCUCACACAAGUUCUGGGAGCAGCAGUGAGGAAGAGGACAGUGGGAAAGAGGCACUGGCUGCAGGCCUCAGCCCUUCCCAGAGGCCAGGGGAUUCCAACUCUGCCUGCAGCAGGAGCCCCGAGGAGGAGGAGGAGGAGGAAGAGGAUGUGUUGAAAUACGUCCGGGAGAUCUUUUUCAGCUAGGGCAUAAACUGUGCACUCAACUUUCUGCUGAGAGCAGCUGGAGGACAGCUGAGCUUCCAUUGGCGCUGCUGGACCACCCGCCUGUGGGAAUGGGGUUCUCUGUGCUCCUACCUUUGUGCCUCCUUGGGCCUGGCAGAUUCACCUCAGGCCAGAAGUCCCAGGACGCUUCAGGCCUUGGGGCUGCCAUUCUGAGUGUGUGGAAGGCAGGACUCAAAACAAGAUCCCAUUUGAAUCCUGCUGUAUGUACUGCAUCCUCUCCCAGCUCUGAGGCUCUGGAAUGCCAACUGUCUGUGUUAGUCAGUCACCAGGUUCCAGGGAAAAUGAUGUCAUUUGGUGGUCCAACUUACUGGAACCAAAGAGACAGAACUUUUCAAAGAAAAGGAUCACUGCCAGGCGCACUGGAAUUGCUAGUUUGGUCCACAUGAUCUCUCCUGGAGGAAGCCUGUUUAAAAAAUAGUUUCCAUCAUGAGUCAAUCAAUGAGCUCCCACCUCUCCAGCCAGCCUAGAAAGCAAACGAGCUGCCCACAGUUCUCUGCUGUGUCUGGGAGGUUGAGGCCACAGUGUUUGGACUGGUAAGUCAGACAGGCCUCCUCCCCCAAGCUGCUACCUUGCUUUCACAUGUACCUUGGUCCCUGGGCAGCUAGUUAUAAAACAAGAGGGACAGGAACCCAAAAGAGACACUAAGGACAAGAUCACACCAGAGUACAUGUUUCUGUGUUUCUUUUCAGUGUGGUUUUGGACAGGAAUAAAUGAGUGAAUCAUUUGCCAUACAGGUUUUCCAAU